CCCUGUCCCAGCCUCCUCUGCGGGUAAACAGACAUGGCCGGCGAGAGAGACCCGCAGGACGCUGCGCACAACAUGGGAAACCACCUGCCGCUCCUCCCUGCAGAGAGUGAGGAAGAAGAUGAAAUUGAAAUGGAAGUCGAAGACCAGGAUAGCAAAGAAGCCAAAAAACCAAACGUCAUAAAUUUUGACACCAGUCUGCCAACAUCACACACAUAUCUGGGCGCUGAUAUGGAAGAAUUUCAUGGCAGGACCUUGCACGAUGACGACAGCUGUCAGAUUAUUCCAGUUCUGCCACAGGUGAUGAUGAUCCUGAUCCCUGGGCAGACCUUACCUCUUCAGCUUUUUCGUCCUCAGGAAGUCAGUAUGGUGCGGAAUUUAAUUCAGAAAGACAGAACCUUUGCAGUUCUUGCAUACAGUAAUAUACAGGAGAGGGAAGCACAGUUUGGAACAACAGCAGAGAUAUAUGCCUAUCGAGAAGAACAGGAUUUCGGAAUUGAGAUAGUGAAAGUGAAAGCAAUUGGAAGACAAAGGUUCAAAGUCCUUGAGCUAAGAACACAGUCAGAUGGAAUCCAGCAAGCUAAAGUGCAAAUUCUUCCUGAAUGUGUGUUGCCUUCAACCAUGUCUGCAGUUCAGUUAGAAUCCCUCAAUAAAUGCCAGAUAUUUCCUUCAAAACCUGUCUCAUGGGAAGACCAGUAUUCAUGUAAAUGGUGGCAGAAAUACCAGAAGAGAAAGUUUCAUUGUGCAAAUUUGACUUCAUGGCCUCGCUGGCUAUAUUCCUUAUAUGAUGCUGAAACUUUAAUGGAUAGAAUCAAGAAACAGCUGCGUGAAUGGGAUGAAAAUCUAAAAGAUGAUUCUCUUCCUUCAAAUCCAAUAGAUUUUUCUUACAGAGUAGCUGCUUGUCUUCCUAUUGAUGAUGUAUUAAGGAUUCAGCUCCUUAAAAUUGGCAGUGCCAUCCAACGACUUCGCUGUGAACUAGAUAUUAUGAAUAAAUGUACAUCUCUUUGCUGUAAACAAUGUCAAGAAACAGAAAUAACAACCAAAAAUGAAAUAUUCAGUUUAUCUUUGUGUGGACCGAUGGCAGCUUAUGUGAAUCCUCACGGAUAUGUGCAUGAGACACUGACCGUGUAUAAGGCUUGCAACUUGAACCUCAUAGGCCGGCCUUCUACAGAGCACAGCUGGUUUCCUGGGUAUGCUUGGACUAUCGCCCAGUGUAGGAUCUGUGCAAGCCAUAUUGGAUGGAAAUUUACAGCCACCAAAAAAGACAUGUCACCUCAAAAAUUUUGGGGUUUGACUCGAUCUGCUCUGCUGCCCACUAUCCCAGACACUGAAGAUGAGAUAAGCCCCGACAAAGUAAUACUUUGCUUAUAAACAAAUGCAGUAGAGAUAAAGUUAAUAUUUAUUAAGUUGGUCUUGUAAAAUCAGAUCUGCUUUGGAAAUUACUGCAUUUGAUGCAUACCCAAGUAAAAAGCAACAUUAUAUGGAAGGUUACAGUUUCUUAGUCAAAAGGUAUUUGAAGUUUUAAAUUAAAAUAUACUAUUGAAAGGAUGAAAAACAGUCUAGAAAACUUGGUUUUUAGGAAUAUCUACCUAGGUACCUUGGUAUCAUUCUAGUCUGGCCUGCUAGGACAUGAAGACCUCUCUGGAAGGGAGGAGAUGGGUUUCCUGCACGAACCUCUUUGUAAUUCCUCUGACACGAGGUUAGCCACUUGCUCGUGAUACAUUGAACCAACAGCAAGUUCUUACCUGUGCUCUGACGGAAGUUCCCAAAGCCAGGGUGCCAAAUACAAGGUCCUUUAAUUUUCUUGAGUUUCUCUCAUACUGAUUUGUAAAUUUUGAAAAUAUUAAAGAGUUAAAAUAUACAGUUUGAGCCCCAAAAUAGUGUUCAUUUCCUUACGCAUUUGUUAGUGAGAAAUAUAACUUAUUCGCUCAGUGUUUCUCUGAACAACCUGGUUAUUCUGUUCCAAAUUCCAAUUUGAACCUAAAUUAAUACGGAACAGAGAUAUUUAUUAGAACACACCUCCCUUCUAUCUGGCUAAAAAGUAACUAUAUUUUGUAAGCACCUCCAUUCCAUGUAAAUUGAAAAUCUCAAGUAAAAUUUAAGAGCAAACAAUAUUACACAUCUUUGUUUAAAUAAUGUAAAAUAUAUACUCACAAGCUGAUAAUUUAAGCAUUAAGAUGAAGUUUUAGAUAGAUUGAUUAGCCACCUACCUCUUCGCUUUUAUGUUCAAGUGUUGAUUGGAUCCUUUCACAUUUGUGUAAAUAGGACGACUUCACUGCUUUACAUAAUUGGGGAAAGUUCAACUAAUGGGGAGAAAUGUAUGAGGCCAAAAACAGACUGUUAAAUCUCUUUUUUUAAUUUAUUAAUAUUUUCUUUUACCAAAUGUGCAGUGGGUAUGAUUGCCUAAACUAAAAUGCUCAACUGAA